UCACCAAAUCAAUUUUGUUUUCUGCCUGAUCAAUGUUCGCAAGCCACAAACUGUGCAAGUGCUUGACCAGCUUUCCUCACCUUCAGCCUUCGACGCCGUCUCAUUCUUCCGUGAGAGCUGUUGCCAUCCACCUACGACGAUAUGCAAAGGAAACGCUGCGUACCGUUCUGUAGUGUACUAGCAACACUAGAACACUGCUUUAUUUACUGCACUUCCCCUCGAGCCGAUGGGAUCAGACGCCUAGUCAAUCACAAAUGGCUCCUUCCACACAAUCGCAGGACACUUGCCGGUCUCGUUGACUUUUGGUGUAGUGCUAGGCAUCGCGAGACUUUCGAACGGCGUUUAGAUAGAUGGGGCUGAUUGUCUUCGCGGUGUUUUGGAGAUUGAAUUAAGUACUUUGCUGU